AUGGCCGCGAUUUGUUCAAUUCCAAAUUGCGAAAAGAAGUCUCCAGAAGUAAAGUUAUUCAAGAUCCCUACAUCUCAAUAUUUAAGGAGAGCGUGGUUGCUGUCGAUAAAACAAUAUCAUCCUAAUUAUUGCAUGUUGGAAAACAAAUUUGAACGAUAUGUAUGCAGUGAACACUUCAAAGACCAAGACUUUAUACUUCCAAAAAAGGAAUUUUUAAAAAACUCCGCAAUUCCAACGAUUUUUAUGGGCGGAAGUUACAUUUAUGUUGACAUUUAUGGUUUAUUUUGUCCAUCAACUAAUGCAUCCGAACCAGACAUGAUUGCAAUAGAUGAUAAUAAUAAUAGCAAUACACCAUCGCAGCAAACAAGGAAAAGAAGUCGUCAUGACGAUUGA